AUGGAUGCAACAAACGUAUAUGAGGCAGAAAGGACCGUCCUCAUCGCUGGUGCUGGAGUGACUGGUUUAACACUUGCACAGGGAUUGAAAAUGCUGCUACCGGCCGAGAUAUGGGUGCAAAUACAGUCGGUACACGUAGACCCGCACCAGCCCGUGCGAGAGAAAGACGAAAUCCAGAUCCUCAAUGGCAAGACGGGAGAAAAGAUCUACGGCAUCCCUGUCGAGCGGUUCUACCGGGCACGCCGCGAGAAAUACCGCAGCUUGCUGGCGCAUGGACUGGAUGUUCGCUUCGGCAAAAGUCUUGAGAGCUUCCGAGAGGAGAAUGACAGGGUGGUUGCGAGGUUUGAGGAUGGCACAGAAGUGACUGGCAGAAUGCUCGUGGGUGCCGACGGGGCGCGGUCGAAGCUUCGCAGGCUCCUUCUCGGGCCUGGGCCUGGCUCGGUCAACCGUCUUCCAUUUGCAGCCAACUUUGUGCAAGCCCGCUACACAGCCGCGCAAAUGAAGCAGCUGCUCGCCGUGCAUCCAAUAUACCUGGGAGCUAUUCACCCGGACGGCCGAUUCGGCUUCUUCGGCAUGCACGAUGUGCGCAACCCGGCAGACCCUGCGAGCUGGACCAUCCUUUUCUAUAUCUCGUGGCCAGCCACACCGGAAGAGUUGGUCGAGAUGGCAGACUGGACGAACGCACAGCACCUCGCCAAACUUAAGAGUCUGGCGAGCGGGUGGUGCGAUCCGUGGAAGAGUGCGGCCGAGUGGUUGCCGGAUGAGCAACCGAUCUGGCACAUGGGGCUCACAGAUUGGGAUCCUGGCAUGGAGGGCCACCAGUGGGAUAGCCGUGGCGGAAAGGUUACGUUGACAGGAGACGCGGCGCAUCCGAUGACUUAUCAGCGCGGACAAGGGCUCAAUCAUUGUGUCACUGAUGUCUGGGAGCUGGUGCAAGCGGUCAAGUCUUUCAUGACAGCAGAAAAGACGCAAGUGGAGGCUAUAGAUGCAUUUGAAGACGAGAUGGUAAACAGAGCGGGCGAAGAAGUUCGCGUCUGUACCGUGAAUAGUGCCAUGCUGCAUGACUGGGCCAAGUUUUCCGAAAGCAUGCUCUUGAAGAUUGGACUGAAGCAGCGAUGA